AUGCCGGUAAGUGAGGGUUAUUUGGGUCAUGUUGUAAACUCCCUAGCUAAACCUAUUGUCGAUCGAGGAGAAAUUUCAGCUUCAGAAUCUCGGUUAAUCGAAUCUCCCGCUCCUGGUAUUAUUUCUAGACAGUCCGUGUAUGAGCCCCUUCAAGCGGGACUUAUUGUUAUUGAUUCUAUGAUCCCUAUAGGGCGUGGCCAGCGAGAAUUGAUUACUGGGGACAAACAAAUUGGUAAAACAACAAUAGCUACAGAUACGAUUCUCAAUCAACAAGGACAAAAUGUAGUAUAUGUUUAUGUAGCUAUUGGUCAAAAAGCAUCUUUUGUGGCUCAAGCCGUAACUUCUUUACAAGAAAGAGGAGCAAUAGAAUACACUAUUAUAGUGGCUGAAACAGCAAAUUCCCCAGCUACAUUACAAUACCUCACGCCUUAUACAGGAGCAACUCUGGCUGAAUAUUUUAUGUACAGUGAACGCCACACUUUAAUCAUUUAUGAUGAUCCCUGCAAACAAGCACAUGCUUAUCGCCAAAUGUCUCUUCUAUUACGAAGACCACCAGGUCGCGAAGCUUAUCCUGGAGAUGUUUUUUUAUUUACAUUCGCGUCUUUUGGAAAGAGCCACUAA